AUGAAAAUUGUAACUGGUUUUGGCAAGUGUUGUGAAAUUCUUGUCAAAGAAUUUAUUGUGAACAUCUACAAAGAGUGUGACAACAAGAGGAGCAGGGAGUUUAGAAAAGUGUAUGUCAGAGGAAAAUGUGUGGAUUUUUCUCAUGAAAUAAUCAACGGGUUCUUAGGAAGAAAUGAAGAAGAACAAGCUGAAAUUGAAGUCUUUAACAAUGUCAUCUACAGAGAGACUACUUCUAAGAAAGUGAAGGAAUCCCUAAGGAAAGGGAAAUUGUCAGCCAGUGCCUUUAGUGUCAAGUAUGUUAUUCUCCACAUAAUUGGAGCUGUAAAGUGGGUUCCAACCAAUCACACCUCCAAUAUAGCUUAUGGACUAGGUAAGUUUAUCUAUAUUGUUGGUACCAAGUCAAAUUUUAAUUUUGGAUCUUUUUUUGAUCAAACUAUGAAGCAUGUUACCUCUUAUGUUGUGAAAAUUCCAAUAACUUUUCCAUCAUUGAUAUAUGGGGUUAUCCUAAGUCUACACCCAGGUAUCUUAAUCAACUCUAACAGUACUUGCAAAAGGGACCCUCCUCUCUCAUUGCAUUAUAGGUUUUUCACUAGGAAACAUGUCCCAAACAUUGUUAUGACAUCUAGACAGACACCUUCCAGGCCUAAUAUACAAGAUACCUGUAAGACCUUGGAUGAAACUAUAAAAAGUUGUGCUGAAAGGAAAAGCAAGAUUGAAAUGUUUAUUAAGGCCCUGUCUGAAGAGGAAGGAGGUUUGAAAGGUGAUGGAACAUAUGAAGAAGAGGAAAAUGAAGAUGGUUCUGAUGCUAGUGAUGAUGAAGAUGAUACCAACAAUGAUGAGGAUUGA